GACUCUUAGCUACGUCAACUAUCUAUCAGCACAACAAGAAGUUAAGUCGGGCCACCAACUUCCCACGGCGCACUUUAAAAUGAGUGGACUGACCUGGGACUCCACGGCACGAAGUUGACAGACUUUUAGCAACAGCCAGCCUCAGCCGUGCCGUUGUCAAGCCCCAUGAACGGGAGAGCUUUAUUGUCCUAGCUUGCUGGCUAACGUUAGCUAUUUGUCUGGUGAGUUACCGAGAUGGCAACUAGAGAGACAUCUUUCCGGCAGAAAUACCGUCGCCCUCCGGCGAGCAUAAAGCAGGAGCAGGAUGACGACUCGGACGCGGAGGAGACUCACCUGGGGUUGAGGAGGACGGACGGGCUGGAGUCUCAGAUCAUCCACAGCGGACACUUCAUGGUGUCCUCGCCCCACUGCGAGCACCCCCCGAAGAAAGGCUACGACUUCGACACUGUCAACAAACAGACCUGUCAGACCUAUCAUUUCGGCAAGGCGAGCACGUCGCACCUCUCCAUAGACGCUUCACUGACCAAACUGUUUGAGUGCAUGACCCUCGCCUACAGUGGUAAGUUGGUGUCUCCCAAAUGGAAGAACUUCAAAGGUCUAAAGCUGCUUUGGAGAGACAAGAUCCGCCUAAACAACGCCAUAUGGAGAGCCUGGUAUAUGCAGUAUGUGGAAAAAAGGGCAAAUCCUGUCUGUCACUUUGUGACUCCCCUCGAUGGAAGUAUGGACUUGGAUGUCCAUCGUCCUGCAGAGGCCAUUGCCUCAGAGGGGAAAUGCUGGAAAAGAAGAAUUGAAAUCGUCAUAAGAGAAUAUCACAAGUGGAGAACAUACUUCAAGAAAAGGUUACAGAAGCACAAGGAUGAUGACCUCUCAAGCUUGCUUAAGGGGCCAGAGGAGCAGUUAUCGCUGUUUGGGGAAGUCUCUCCAGACAUGCUCCGUGUCUCCUUUUAUCAGGAUGAAGAGACUGCUGCACGCCGCGUGCCUCGUAAGCAUCAUGACACACCUGCGCCUAUGGAGAUGGACACCCUCUUUGACAUGGAUGUUCUGAUGUCUGAGUUUUCAGACACGUUGUUCUCUACGUUGGCCUCGCACCAGCCCAUAGCCUGGCCCAAUCCACGGGAGAUUGCUCAUGCAGGGAACGCAGACAUGAUCCAACCAGGACUCAUCCCCUUACAACCCAACCUAGACUUCAUGGACUCCUUUGAUCCACUGCAAGACUUAUUUCACAGCCUCCGUCAGCCCGUCUUCCCCUCUGUUUCCCCCACUGCAUCAUCUGUCACCCCUCUAUCCAGCAGCAGCUCUCAGUCACAGGCCCAGUUAAUGUCCUCCAUGCAGCUCACAACCAACCACAUCUCCCCCCCUGGCCCCCUGCCCAUCCCCUCUCCCAUGGUCAGUCAAACCAGUCGAACAGGUGGUGGUGGUGGUGGUGGUAGUAAUGCAGCCUAUGUUCAAAACUACAUGCCCCUGUUUCCUGGGCAGGUGGCACCCAGUAAUCAAGCAGUAAUUUCCUCAGUCUCUCAGCCAUUAUCCCAUGAUCCUAUGGUACAGUGCCUACCAGGUCAGGACAUGGCCUCAGCAGCGCCCAUGGUUCCCUCGCCCUUGGACAACACCUCUGUGCUGGAUGAGACUGUCGUGACAUCUGGGAUUACACGCACACCCUCCUCUACUGUCACACCCGGCGACGCAGCCACCACCUUCAGCCACAGCUCAGAGUAUGGAUCCAUGUCCACACAACCUCCACCUCCUCCUUCCCAGCUCCAACCCAUGGCUCCGUUGCCUGCCGCCCCUGCGCAGCACCCUCGGGCUUUUGCCCUGCCUCGGCCUGUUCAGUCAUCCAGCGCCAACAAAAACCGGCCUGUGCAAAGGAUUGCUCCUGCGAACACCCUCCCCCCCUCCCAUGUCAUCCUCACAGCCCCUUUCCCGGGUCAUGCCAAUGCUGUGAUUGUUACACCGACACCUCUGAAAGCAGAUGUGGUCCCUAAUACUGGAGUGGUCAUUGCUUCGUCUCAUCUUGGAGGAGCUCCAGGAUUUCACGUAAUGUCUCAGACGCAGAAGUCUCCUCAACCGAUUGUCCCCAAAGAAAAGUCUUAUUCUUCCAGCCGCAAAAAUCAGAAAGCCUCCUCAAGUGUCGUUCACAGUCAGCCAGGAUCAGGUCAAGGGUCACCAUGUGUGUUAGAUCAAGUUCCUAGUCCCCAGUCACUUAUCAGCAGCAGCACAGCUCUGGUAAAGAAUGAACAAAAUCAGAGCCGGAGGACAACAUUCAUAUCUGCUGAGCAAAAGAGACGAUCAAACAUAAAAAUUGGCUUUAAAACUCUCGGCAGCCUGGUUCCCACUCUGACGUCACAAUCAAACACCAGCAAUGCAGUCACAUUGCAGAAGACAGUGGAGCACAUUGGGAAGCUCCAGCAGGAGAGGCAGCAGAUGCAGGAAGAGGUCAAGAGACUACGAGAGGAGAUCGAGGAGCUCAACACCUCCAUCAAAUUGUGUCAGCAGCAGCUGCCUGCAACGGGGGUGCCCGUCAGGCGGCAUCAGUUCGACCACAUGCAAGAGAAGUUCAAUGAAUAUGUAAAGAACCGAACUCUUCAGAACUGGAAGUUCUGGAUCUUCAGCAUCAUUAUCAAGCCUCUCUUUGAGUCGUUCAAUGGGAUGGUGGCAACUACAAGCAGAGCAGAGCUGUAUCAGACCACACUGCAAUGGCUUGAUCGUCACUGUUCCCUUCCAGUGCUCAGGCCCAUGGUGCUGAGUACCCUUCGCCAGUUGAGCACAACAACAUCCAUUCUUAGUGAUCCAUCCCUGCUGCCUGAAGAAGCCAUCCAGGCCGUCGCACACACAGAUGUGUAGCCUGCUCUCAGAGGAGGUGAGGUGGCCUAAAAGCCACCUGAACCUUUAAACAACAAUCACCAAAGUGACACAUCACUACUUCACCUUAAAGCCAUUCAGCAAGGUCUCCACGUCUUCCGCAGGUUCACAGCUUCCCUGAAAAAGAUAAAUGAAAUGAUAUAUGCAGGUUAGGUUUGGCUUUCUUUUUCUCGGUAUGUACAGAGGUCACACAUCUGUUCUGUUGUACAUUGAGUCUUGGGAAUGAUGCACACAGGGAGCUCUGCCUUUGACAUUACAUUUAUAACAAUUGUGCAAAAAUGGCUUUUAUCAUAUUUGAAAGACAGCAACUACUGCUACCUUCACCAGCUUUAGGUGAAGAUCUUCUAAAUACUUUAUUGGAAGAUGGUACUUGUGGUUUGCUUUUUGAACAGCAAUAUAUAUAUAUUUAAAUUGAAAUGACUUUUAUAAUAUACCAACACAACAUUGUGUUGAAAAGGGAAAUAUUGAGUGAUUGUUCAUUUCGUGUUCUCUCUCAGAUGUAUAGUAACUAUAUGUGUGUGUGUGUGUUUUUUUAAGGAACACUUAGGCAGUGUAGUUUGUGUUUUUUGGAGGCUCUGAAGGAGGCUUUACACCAGGAUGUAGGGGGUCGCCUGAAACAUGGCCAAGCUGAUCACUUUUGGGCUUCUCUGAACCUGAUCGAUACCAGAGAGAUGAGAGCUUUGUCGUCUUUUCCAUCCCUCAUUUACUCAGGUGAAUGUUGUUUUGCCAGUUAACAGUAGCGGUUUCCUGGUGGUUUUCCGUCCAUGCUGAACUUCUUUCUUCAUACUUUGCUUGCUCUGCCCACUUCUAGGGAAUUUAACUGCAAAUUACACAAGAAAGCAGUCACUUUAAAUACAAGGGUUUCUGCUGGGCAGGUCAGAGCAUUAUGGAGUAAUAUUACUUACAACCCUCAUAGGGAGCAUAACUGAAAUAGCAGUACAGAAUAUAAACACACUAUAUUCACAUGUACAGUGUUACAAGAUCUUAAGUGAAUGCACAGUAGCUGUCUUUUCUGUUCUUCGUUGGUCACUCAGGGCUGUGCUGGUGAGCGUAUUUAUUUUCCAUUCAGCUAUGAACAAAUCAAGUCAGGAUCUUUCUCAGCAGGAACACACAUCUUUCUAUAAGGGUACAGGUCACGUCACAUGGUUUGGUUCAUUAAGUUUAUUAUUUUCUGCAUAUAAAUACACUAAUUUUCGCGAAUGCGUGUUAAUGGCAGACAGCAAAAAAACAAUUAGUCUUCCACAUCAAGGCAUCGCAAGCAGAAAAAAAAACCUAUCAAAGCGUAGCUUACCCAUCCAUUCAAUUCAUUUGUUACUGACGUCUUUUCUGACGGAGCACUUUGCUCUGUUGACAGCUUGAGAAUUAGACGCAGUGUAGAUUUUGUCGGCAUGUGUGAGACAUACAUCAGCCUUAAGGUUAAAGUGCCCUUACCUGUGAUCUUUGCAGGCUGAUUUUUUUUUCAUUUGUGGUUCAGCACUCCUCAGGCAGAUGUAGAUUUUCUGACUUUGUGUUUUUAUUUUAUUUUCUGCAGAACAAUUCAGUUUACUCUUGAGUUUUACAGGAGAAGAAGGCACCACUUUCAUUUGAUGAAUGUGCAGCUCUUUGUGUGCGGCCUUUAUCUGUGGACUCCAGCUGUCUUUGAAUGUGAGAUUUUCCUUUUCAGUGCAGCCUAUUUACAAAUUAAAUGUUUAGAGCUCUCAUUUACCCCAAAUUCCCAAUUUAUUUAUUACUACUGUAAGAAAAUAAAAAUGCACCACAGAAUGCAGCUAUGGUUGUCAUGAUUGAAAAUGAGAAUAUUUGUUUUGGACUUUUUUGUGAUAGUUUUCUCCCCAUCAAACUGAGAACAAGGAUUUGAUUUAAUUCACUGUAUGACAAAAAGCCCCAAUGUUCUAUUUUAACUUGGCAUUUGUGUGGUUAAGUUUUUUAUGAUCCAGUAAUUGUCAUAUCAGGUUGGAUUUGCUUUCGCUUGCUGUUUCUUUGAGGGGGUUUUGUACUGAUUGGUUCGCCCCAAGUUCAGUAUUGUAUUUCCUUUGUUUUGAAAAGUGAAGAUAUUUUCUUAUGCUGCACGAGUGUUUUCCUUUUUUUUUUUUUUUUUUUUUUGUUCCUCAGAGUUCCCAAACAAGUUUUAAAAUGCCUUAAAUUUUCCCGAAUCACAAUAAAAGCAACAAAAAAUGAAAAA